AUGGUAUGUGAGACUCCUCUUCUUCACGCUGCCUGGCAAGGUCAUACUGUCACUGCAAAAUACCUUCUAGAGCAUGGUGCCAUUCCUGCUAUACCCAGUGACUUAGGUGCUACUGCUUUACAUCAUGCAGCUGGAAUAGGAAAUAUUGUGUUGCUGAAGUCUAUACCGGCCAAAGGUGUUGAGAUUGAUUCACAAAGUGAUGCUGGCACCCCUUUAGUUUGGGCUGCUGGUCAUGGUCAGCAUGAUGCUGUAAAAGUUCUAUUAGAUCGUCAUGCUAAUCUAAAUGCUGAAACUGAGGAUGAUAUCACUCCAUUGUUGUCAGCUGUGGCAGCAGGUUCACUUGCACACUCGGGACUUGUUGAUUCAGGUUUUGCAUCUUCUUAGUUCUCUACUAUGUUGGACACUUUUUUUCACUAAUAAUAAAAUGCUUGUAAGAUGAAAAUUUUAGAAGAGAAAUUACCAAAUAGAUGAGGUAUAGAUAGGCAAGAUGUGAAGGACCUGUUGGGGACAAAAAAAUAAAAAAACGAGUGUUUUUCAAGUACACAAGUGAUAUAGAUGAGAGUCACAACAUUUUGACAUUUGAUUUCAUGUUUCAUGAUUAUACUGAUAUUCUCCACUAUUAAGGAUAUGAAUGCUAUAUGCCAAUGCCCAUCUAAAUUUUUUGUGGAUAAAGGCUGUUAUAUUCUUGCUGUAUCUAGUGCAUAGGCGACUAGAUAAUUCUAGUUUUGUUUCUGCAUUGGCUGUAAGAUAUAUAUUGCCUUCUUCAAUUAGUUUGCAAAAUUUACGGGGAAGCUGUUGAAGCAGGGAGGAAGUUUCAUGGUGCAGAUGAGGAAAAAUCUAGUUAGUUUCUAAGCUGAUACACCAAGAUUUGAGAAGAUGAGUGCACCCUGCUGAACUUUUUUCGGUUGAAGAUUACAUUUGAAGGGGAUGUUUGUUAGUAGAAACAGCACAACAGGAAGUUAUGAUCAUGAGAAUGUAAAUAGAAGCACGUUUGAGCAAUUUAUGUUAGUAGUCUCCAUGAGAAUUACAUGCUUCAUUCAUUCAUUCAUCCUAGUUUCGUGAGUGAACUGAAUAUUCUGCACUUUCUUAUACUCCGCAAAAUUUUAGUUCAAGCAAAUCCUUCUUUCCUUUUCCUCUUCACUCCACCUUGUCCUGCCCCGAAUGAGAUUAUGCCAUCAAUUAACCUUUAAAUGCUAUAUGAUAAAUUUAUAAAUUGAUUAGUUAUCAAUGAUUUGGAUUUUUCUUUCAU